GUCACAUGACGCGCUGAGAGUGGGCGGGGUUAGUUCACAUUGCGGUGGUGUUUUUGUGUUGUGUUUGUGUGAGUUAGUGAGUUACCGAGUUAAUGUGUUAGUGUUUUAGUGUUUUAGUGAGUUAGUGUGUUUGGUGCUCCGGAUAGUAAAGUUGGGGGAGAAAAUGCGGGGACUCGCUGUGUUCUGGAUCUGUGUUUAUCUGGUCCGCGCGGAUCGAUUAGAAACGGAUCAGAUUUUAUCUGUGCAGGAGGGCUGGAUUCAUGAGGGCCGAGUUUCUCCUCUGGAGGAGGUGGAGCUCACCUUCGCCCUGAAACAGCAGAACAUAGAGAGACUGAAGGAGCAGCUGGAGCUGGUGUCAGACCCCGACUCUCAGCAGUAUGGGAAGUUCCUGUCUCUGGAGGAAGUGUCCUCUCUGGUUGGUCCGUCUCCGCUGACAGAGAAAGUGGUGCAGAACUGGCUGCAGAGUCACGGAGUCACGAGCUGUCUCACCGUUCUCACGAGGGACUUCCUGCAGUGCUCCAUGAGCGUCCAGGUGGCGGAGUCGCUUCUUCCCGGUGCAGAAUUUCAUCGCUACAGGAGAGAUGAUCAGACCCUCGUGAGGUCGUCCGCGCACUACUCCGUUCACGAUGAUGUCACCGAGCAUCUGGAUUUUGUCGGAGGCGUGCUCCGUUUUCCACCUAAAGUAAAGGAGAUCAGUCGGAGCUGGGCGGGAGCGAGACGAUCAGUAAAGGGAUUUCACCUGGGUGUGACUCCAUCAACCCUCAGGACCCGAUACAACCUCACCGAUACAGACAUAGGAACUGCUGCUAACAACAGCCAGGCUGUGGCACAGUUCCUGGAGCAGUUCUAUCACCCGGCGGACCUGGCGGAGUUCAUGAGCUUGUUUGCGAGAGGCUUUCAGCACCUGACGGAGGUGGAGCGGGUGGUGGGGACUCAGGGUGGGGGUAAAGCUGGUCUGGAGGCGAGUUUGGAUGUGGAGUACAUCAUGAGCACCGGAGCAAACAUCUCCACCUGGGUCUUCACCAACCCGGGACGUCACGAGACUCAGGAGCCGUUCCUGCAGUGGAUGCUCCUCCUCAGUAACAUGUCGUCCGUGCCGUGGGUUCACACCAUCAGUUACGGAGACGACGAGGACAGCCUGUCCUCCGCUUAUAUGAACCGCAUUAAUAAUGAGUUUAUGAAGGCGGGAGUUCGGGGAAUCUCCAUGCUGUUCGCCUCCGGGGACAGUGGGGCCGGAUGCUGGCACAAGACUAAAGAAGAAAACGUGUUCAGGCCGAGUUUUCCUGCUUCCAGUCCGUACGUGACCACAGUGGGAGGGACUUCCUUCAAGAACCCCUUUAAAGUGACCUAUGAGGUGACAGAUUACAUCAGUGGGGGCGGGUUCAGUAACGUGUUCCCGAUGCCGGAUUAUCAGGUCAGUGCAGUGAAAGCGUUUCUGAAAGGGAAGCCGUCUCUUCCUCCUCAGUCCUACUUUAACUCCAGCGGGAGAGCGUACCCCGACCUCGCUGCUCUCUCAGAUAAUUACUGGGUCGUCACCAACCUGGUGCCCAUCCCCUGGGUAUCUGGAACCUCGGCUUCGACUCCAGUAGUGGGAGGAAUCCUCUCUCUGAUUAAUGAUCAGCGCUUCCUGAAAGGUCUUCCUUCCCUCGGUUUCCUCAACCCUCGUCUCUACAAACUCCAGGGAACCGGACUGUAUGACGUAACGGAGGGAUGUCACCUGUCCUGUCUGGAUGAUCAGGUACAGGGACAAGGCUUCUGCGCUGCUCCGUCCUGGGACCCCGUGACGGGAUGGGGUACGCCCAAUUAUCCCGCUCUACUGGCGGAGCUGGUGAAGGGUUAAUCCUCUGAUUAGAAUCUAGUUAAAUUUCAUCCAGCAAACAUUGCAGUCAUAUCUCACAAUGUUUAAAUUUAAGAUUAUGGGCUUUUAAUUUGUAUUAAAUGUUACUGAUUGUUUUAAUGCUGUUUAUUUUAGUUAAAAGCAUCUUUUAAGGUCAGAUUAUGAUGUUUUGUUGGAUUGAAAGUUCCAAACACAUCAGAUCCACAUCAUAUUUUUUGCAGAUUUUUUUUUGCUGCUAAAGUUUUUAAAGUACUGUUGAUUAAUAAAAAGCCUAAAGUUUUAUAAAUUCUCUAUAAGGGCGUUGCUUUAUACGUUUUGCAUUAUAGAAUCAUUCACAUUUU